AUGGGCAACAGCCUUCCUUUCUUUCUUUUUUCUUUCUUUUUUCUUUCUUUCUUUCUUUUUUCGUUCUUUCUUAAGCCUUUCUUUCUUUCUUUUUUCUUUCUUUCUUUCUUAAGCCUUUCUUUCUUUUUUCUUUCUUUUUUCUUUCUUUCUUUUUUCUUUCUUUCUUUCUUUCUUAAGUCUUUCUUUUGUUUUUCUUUCUUUUUUAAUAUUUUCUUUUUUUCUUUCUUUCUUUCUUUCUUUCUUUCUUUCUUUCUUUCUUUCUUUCUUUCUUUCUUUCUUAUGAUUUUCUCUAUACCACUUUCCAUGCCUGCUUUGUAUUUUCUUUCUUUCUUUCUCGUUUUUCUUUUCUUUAUUCUUUCCGUCUUUCUUUCUUUUCUUUCUUUCUUUCUUUCCUACUUUCUUUCUUUCUUUCUUUAUUUCUUUCUUUCUUUCUUUCUUUCCUUCUUUCUUUUUCAUUUUCUUUUCUUUAUCCUUUCCUUCUUUCUAUCUUCCUUUCUUUCUUUCUUUCUUUCUUUCUUUCUUUCUUUCUUUCUUUCCUUCUUUCUUUUUCAUUUCUUUUCUUUAUCCUUUCCUUCUUUCUUUCUUACUUUCUUUCUUUCUUUCUUUCUUUCUUUCUUUCUUUACAUCUUUCUUUACUUCUUCACUUCUUCCUUUUAUACAUCCACGACUUUCACUUUCUUUGUUAACUUUCUUUCUUUCUUUCUUUCUUUCUUUACUUUUUCCUUUUAUACAUCAAUGACUUUCACUUUCUUUCUUUCUUUCUUUUUUCUUUCUUUCUUUCUUUCUUUCUUUCUUCCUUUUAUACUUUUCUUCUCUUUAUUCUUUCCGUCUUUCUUUCUUUCUUUCUUUCUUUCUUUCUUUCUUUCUUUCUACUCUCCUAUUGGCCUUCCUCCAUUCCUUCUCUAUUACUCAUUACGAAUCUUUCUUUCUUUCUUUCUUUCUUUCUUUCUUUCUUUCUUUCUUUCUUCCUUUUAUACUUUUGAAGUUUCUUUAUUAUCGGAUUGUGUUAGCUUCUAUCUGCAUCUCCUUUUCCCGCCACUUUCUUUCUCUUCCAUUCUUUUUUUCUUUCACAAUUGUUUUAGCUUCCUUUUCUUUCUUUCUUUCUUUCUUUCUUUCAUUACACCCUUCUCCCUGCCUAUCUCUCUUUCCCCCUUUCCCUCUCCCACCCAUCGAUACAUCUUUUUUGCGAAUAUUCACUACAUCUGUCUGCCUAUCUCAUUUUUUCCUUAUCUAUCUGUCUAUCCAAGUUCUAAUUUUUUUUCUUUUUUUCUUUUUCUCCUCCUUUCUUUCCUUACUUCUUUCUUUCUUUUUCUCUUUCUUUCUUUCUUUCUUUUAAUUCUUACUUUUCUUUCUUUCAUUCUUUAUUUUCCGGGUUGUACUUUUCUUUUUCUUUCUUUCUUUCUUUCUUUCUUUUUCUCCACCUUUCUUUCCUUAGUUCUUUCUUUCUUUCUUUCUUCUUUUUAUUCUUACUUUUCUUUCUUUCAUUCUUUAUUUUCCGGGUUGUACUUUUCUUUUUCUUUCUUUCUUUCUUUCUUUCUUUCUUUCUUUCUUUCUUUCUUUCUUUUUCUCCACCUUUCUUUCCUUAGUUCUUUCUUUCUUUCUUUCUUCCAUGUUCUACUUUUCUUUCUCUCUCACGCUUCCUUCCUUUCUUUCUUUGUCCAUGUCCCAUUUUUCUUUCUUUCUUUCUUUCUUUCUUUCUUUCUUUCUUUCUUUCUUUCAAUUAUAUUUUAA